UUCGGGUCUCCCACACCCCCCCCCACCCCAACUCUCCUCAGACCGGGAAACGCGGCCUGAGGUGAUGAGGAGGUGGGGGGUCGUCCUGCGUUCGCCGCAUCCUUGAGCACCUAUGCGAAGGGAUGUGGGAGUGAAGGCUGCUCAGUGCGGGGAGACUGCGUGGGGAUUUUGUCAGUGUACCCGACCUUCCCCCUCCUCAGCCCCCCAGAAGUUGCUGGCGCUACCCCUCCCCCUCCAAAAUUCAGUUCUCUCGCCCUUCCUCUAGUCCUUCAGUGGAAAAAGCGAAAUUGUUUCACUGGUAGAUAAUGGAGUGGUAUAUGGGAGAAAGCGAUUCUUCAGUGAGAAAAUUGCCAAAAUCGAGUUAAGAAAGCUCUGAGAAGCAGAAAGUACUUCUGUCCAUUAGUUCCAGCCGAAUUUCACCCUCUGCACCAGAGAUGGCACAGCUGCAUGAACAUGGAGGACAGUCACAUGCAUCGAGCAAAAUCUUGAAAAGAUUAAUCACACUAGGAACAAAUAACCAAGUGUUGCAAGAGUGGGGAGAUAAAUAUGCAAGGGAUUAAUCCUGUACAAUUGCUGAAAAUUUCCUCCUUCAGUGGAAAAACUGGGGCGACAACAGCAGCCCUGGCUGCUUCCGUACAAGAUGGCGCCACCCACUUGUACAUCCCAGCCGGGGUUACGUCCUCCUAGGCUGUCGCGGGACCGGAAGUGGUUUCUUCCCUAGUGGAUCCGGGUGGGUGUGCGCAGGUGGUCACGGAGGUUCCAGUUCUCCAGCGUGAAGCGCAGCAGGUGUUCGGCUUGAGUCGGAGGCCGCAGGCAGGCACACCUGUGGGAGAUUGCAGUUUGGUUCUGGACCACCACAGUCAAAUUGUGGAGUUAGUGAUGUGCUUUCCUAACUAGCAGAAGAAUUGAAGAUGUUUAGACAGCACUUAGUGGCUUUGACAGUGACCACCCUUCUUGGCGUGGUUGUGGGGGGUUUUGUCCUGUGGAAAGGCAUCCAGCGCCGGAGGAGGAGUAAAACAAGCCAUGUUACUCAGCAGCAAUGGAAAGCGCCAGGCAGGAGAGAGCUGCCCGCUCCAGAAGAGGACCAGCUGCACGCUGGUGCCCCCAGAGCCUCAUGGAAACAGAGGAUCCUGGAAGCAAAGGUGGUGACUGUGUCUCAGGAGGCAGAGUGGAAUCAAAUUGAGCCCUUGCUUAGGAGUGAGCUAGAAGAUUUUCCAGUACUUGGAAUGGACUGUGAAUGGGUGAAUUUGGAAGGCAAAGCCAGUCCUCUGUCACUCCUACAAGUAGCUUCUCCAAGUGGCUUCUGUGUCUUGGUUCGCUUGCCCAAGCUGACCUGCGGAGGAAAAACACUACCAAAAACAUUAUUGGACAUUUUGGCAGAUGGCACUGUUUUAAAAGUUGGAGUAGGAUGUUCAGAAGAUGCCAGCAAGCUUCUGCAGGAUUAUGGCCUCGUUGUUAGGGGAUACCUGGACCUUCGUUAUUUAGCCAUGAGGCAGAGAAACAAUUUGCUCUGUAAUGGACUUAGCCUGAAAUCACUUGCUGAGACUGUUUUGAACUUUCCCCUUGACAAGUCCCUUCUACUUCGUUGCAGCAACUGGGAUGCUGAGAAUCUUACUGAUGGCCAGGUAAUUUAUGCUGCCAGGGAUGCCCAGAUUUCAGUGGCUCUCUUUCUCCAUCUUCUUGGAUACCCUUUCUCUAGGAAUUCAACUCUAGAAGAAAACAGUAACCACGUUGGCUGGAGGAAAGUGUUGGAGAAAUGCCAGGAUGUAGUUGACGUUCCAUUCCGAAGCAAAAGAAUUAGCAGAUUGGGAGAAGAGGAUAAAGGGGAAGCAACAGAAUCUCAGCAAAAGUUAAGAAAUAAGAAGUCUAAGAAUGAUGGAAUGAUGUCAGGCAGCCACCAAGGGAGAGACCCCAGAAAACAUAAAAGAAAGCCACUGGGAGUGGGCUAUUCUGCCAGAAAAUCACCCCUCUAUGACAACUGCUUUCUCCAUGCUCCUGAUGGACAGCCCCUCUGCACUUGUGAUCGAAGAAAAGCUCAGUGGUAUCUGGACAAAGGCAUUGGAGAGCUGGUGAGUGAAGAGCCCUUUGUGGUCAAGCUACAUUUUGAACCUGCCGGAAGACCUGAAUCUCCAGGAGACUAUUAUUUGAUGGUAAAAGAGAACCUGUGUGUAGUGUGUGGCAAGAAAGACUCCUACAUUCGGAAGAAUGUGAUUCCACAUGAAUACCGGAAGCACUUCCCCAUCGAGAUGAAGGACCAUAACUCCCACGAUGUGCUGCUGCUCUGCACUUCCUGCCAUGCCAUCUCUAACUACUAUGACAACCAUUUGAAGCAGCAAUUGGCCAAGGAGUUCCAGGCACCCAUUGGCUCUGAGGAGGGCUUGCGUCUCUUAGAAGAUCCUGAGCGCCGGCAGGUGCGUUCCGGGGCCAGGGCCCUGCUCAAUGCUGAGAGCCUGCCUGCUGAUCGAAAGAAGGAGCUGUUGCAAUCACUCAGAGAGUUUUAUAACACGGACACAGUCACAGAUGAGAUGCUUCGGGAGGCUGCCAGCCUAGAGACCAGGAUCUCCAAUGAAAACUACAUUCCUCAUGGGCUCAAGGUGGUGCAGUGCCACACACAUGGUGGGCUGCGCUCCCUCAUGUACCUGGAAAGCCUUUGGCGUCAGCACUUCCUGGACUCCAUGCAGCCCAAGUACCUGCCUCAGCAAUGGUCAGUGGACCAUAACCAUCAGAAGCUCCUCCGGAAAUAUGGGGAAGACCUUCCCAUCAAGCUGUCAUGAUCGCAGCUUCCCUCCCAGGUUAGGACAGCUGGGAAGCUGGAGCCAAGAUAAAAGUCUUUUCUCCAUUUAAAUAAUCUUGUUAAUUGUCGAAGCCAGGGUGACAAGACUGAGUACUAACCCAUACUGAUCCCAAGAUUCUUCUGGUGGAGCAAGGCUAUUACUGUUUUAAAGGGAGCUUAUGAUUUUGAGUUUUAUUUGGGCAAGGAGAGAAUUCUUUUCCCUCCCUCCCUCUUAAAUUUUGUGGACAGCGGGAGCCUUGUUAUUUGCUUUCCCUGUGCAGACAACAAAUGAAGGGUUCUUCCUGAAUUGAUUUGUCAAGAUUCAGGUUUUUAAU